AUGUUGCUUGGGGUCGUGAAUCCAGGAAGACCAUGGCACCGGCUCAACAAGAUACUGUCAUCGGCAGCCCGCGAGUGCAGCAGCAAUCCAUGUGCCCCGGAGUGUCCCCCAUGCCCGCCGUGCCCCCCGUGUCCCCCCUACUGCCCCCCCUGCUGCAUGCCGCCGCCGCAGUCCCCACCUUUCUACUCGUGCCCUAGAACCAAAUUCGACGUGAAGUUUAUUUACGUACAUGAUAAGCCCCCAAAUACGACAAUGAGAGAUUUCUUCGAUCGUGCCUCGCAGAUAUUCUUUUGGACAGAAUUGAUCAGAGGGUUCGCGGUCACGCUGGCGCAUAUAUUCAAAGAGCCGGCUACAAUAAACUAUCCGUUCGAGAAAGGCCCGCUCUCGCCUCGGUUCAGAGGUGAGCAUGCAUUACGGCGAUAUCCUUCGGGCGAGGAGCGGUGCAUCGCUUGUAAGCUUUGUGAAGCCAUUUGUCCCGCGCAAGCCAUCACGAUCGACGCGGAGGAGCGGGCGGACGGCAGCCGGCGGGCGACGCGCUAUGAUAUCGACUUAACCAAGUGCAUAUUUUGCGGAUACUGCCAGGAGGCCUGUCCAGUCGACGCGAUAGUUGAAGGGCCAAACUUUGAGUACUCGACGGAAACUCACGAAGAACUUCUGUACAACAAAGAAAGGUUACUCACGAACGGCGAUCGUUGGGAGCCUGAAAUCGCGAGCAAUAUCAAGGAUAAUCACUUGUAUCGUUAGACCGUUAGACUCCUAUUAUUCGAUAUGGGCACUAUUUCUGUGCCUGUAG